AGCUAACAGUUUGGCAUUUUUCCCCCCUUCUUCACCGGAUUUCAUGUCGUUACCGAGUCUCUACGGUGGUUGUGCAAGUGUGUCAGAGUGUGUGCAUGUGUGUAUGUGCGUGUGUGUGUGGAGAGAGAAACGAGAGCGUUUAGUCGUGCACUGUUCCUAGCUUCACGCGCUCUCGGUUCCACGGCGGCGGAGGAGCGUCUCGCGCAGCUCGGAGCGGGGAAAUAAAAGGCGGCUCAGUGGAGUGUGCGCUUGUAGCUUUUACCACACAGACAGAAAUGAGUUGGGGAACGGAUCUUUGGGACCAGUUUGAGAACCUCGACAAGCACACGCAAUGGGGCAUCGACUUCCUGGAGCGCUAUGCAAAGUUUGUGAAGGAAAGGCUGGAGAUAGAGCAAAACUAUGCAAAACAGUUGCGGAGCCUGGUGAAGAAGUACUGCCCUAAGCGCUCCAAAGAUGAUGAGCCCAGGUUUACGUCAUGCCUGUCAUUUUACUCCAUCUUGAACGAGCUGAAUGACUACGCGGGGCAGCGAGAGGUCGUUGCCGAGGAGAUGGGCCACAGGGUGUAUGGUGAGCUGCUGAGAUACUCGCAGGACCUGAAAGCUGAGAGGAAACACCACCUCCAGGAGGGACGGAAGACCCAGCAGUAUUUGGAGCAGUGCUGGAAACAGAUGGACAAUAGCAAGAAGAAGUUUGAGCGGGAAUGCAGAGAAGCGGAGAAAUCCCAGAUGCUCUUUGAGAGGUUAGACAACGACAUCAAUGCCACAAAGUCAGAGGUGGAGAAGGCCAAGUCCCAGCUGUAUAUGAGAACCCACAUGGCAGAUGAGAGUAAGAACGAGUAUGCAGCUCAGCUGCAGAACUUCAACGCAGAACAGUGGAAGCACUUCAAUGUGGCCAUUCCACAGAUCUUCAAGAAUCUACAGGACAUGGAUGAGCGUCGGACGGUGAAACUGGGAGAGACGUACCGGAGCUUUGCCGAGGUGGAGAGGAAGGUCAUCCCAAUCAUUUCCAAGUGCUUAGAGGGCAUGGUGACCGCCGCCAAAAACGUCGAUGAGCGCAAGGACUCAUCAAUCGUGGUAGAGUCAUUUAAGUCUGGGUUCGAGCCACCAACUGACUUUCCCUUCGAGGAUUUCAGUCAGAACAUCCAGCGCACAGGGUCAGACGGCACCAUCGGUACUCCCAAAAACGACCCAGGCAAACCUGACCCCAAACACUCAAUGGGAAAAUCCAAGAACAAACUCUGGUUGUUUGGGAAAAAGCCCAAGCUCCCCCCUCCUGCCCCUCCCCCACCCAUUCCUAGUGUCCUUUCUGCCCAUUUUCAGUCUCCUAAAUUCCCCACUGAACGAAUAGCAUACUGUCUCAAUGAAAUGAGAACGGUUACGUCCAAGAUCCCAACAUUCCGGGGUCUAAAGAGAGGGUGGUCAGUGAAGCUGGCUCCAAACCUCGAGGAUCUCAGCCACCUGCCUCCAGAACAGAGACGCAAAAAACUUCAGCAGAGGAUUGACGAGCUCAGCAGAGAACUGCAGAAAGAAAUGGACCAAAGAGAUGCAUUAAAUAAAAUGAAGGAUGUCUAUGAGAAGAAUCCUCAGAUGGGUGACCCGGGGAGUCUCCAGCCCAAGAUCUCUGAGACCAUAUGCAAUAUGGAGAAGCUGCGCUCUGAGAUACACAAAAAUGAGACAUGGCUGGCAGAGGUGGAGGGGAAACAGAGUUCCCGUAGCGAACAGCGGCCCAGUUCAGAUGUGAAUCAUCACGCACCUCAUGGCAGAGAGAGUCCUGAAGGCAGCUACACAGAUGAUCCCAACCAGGAGCACCGGGCGCCUCCCCAACCCGACCACCAUGAGUUUGACGAUGAAUUUGAAGAUGAUGAUCCCCUUCCUGCAAUUGGCCACUGCAAAGCACUCUACUCUUUUGAUGGCUCUAAUGAGGGCACAUUAGUGAUGAAGGAGGAUGAGGUGCUGUAUGUUAUCGAGGAGGAUAAAGGUGAUGGCUGGACGCGUGUUCGUAAGCAGAGUGGUGAGGAGGGUUACGUUCCCACAUCCUACGUGGAGAUCACGCUGGAGAAGCACAGCAAAGGUGCGGUCACCUACAUUUGAGCUCAUCUGAAGCAUGGUCGCCCAGCCAUGCUUGUCAUGUUGACUGUUGGCAUUGGCAGCACCACAGACUGCAUCGUACCCUGUUCACUGUGUGAGCCCAUGGACAAACACACACAUAUAUAUAUAUAUAUAUAUAUAUAUAUAUAUAUAUAUAUAUAUAUAUAUAUAUAUAUAUAUAUAUAUAUGUAUAUAUAUACACACACACACUGGGUAAAGUGACCCUGACUAUGUUUACUUCAAUGGCAGGUUACUUUCUUUUUCACAUUUCAGAUUUUAUUCGCCUUAUGAAGUGUUCUCAGUUCAUCUCGGAUUAUUAGCUUUGGCCAUCAUUUAAAGUGACCUUUUAUCUCAGUAAUGCAGUAGGAUUAAUUAAUUUCAUUCUUAAUGAACAACCUUAUUUUCAGUAAGUAUUACUGAAAUGGACCUGCGAUUACUGUUCCUAGAAGUGUUUCAGGUGCCACCUUGCAUUCAAUGCUCAAGCUUAGGCAUUUAGAAGUCCAAAUCAUUUAGAACAGUGGAAGAGUAAAAUUGUAUGUUGAGUGGACAAGCUUGGAGCAUUUUCGUGGGCUGUAUAAUGUACACCAGCUUGAUGGGUGUGACUUCUCUGUCCUAUCCUGUGAUUUCUGGCCAAAUUUGUAUAAUCCACAUUUAUGUGCUGCAUCACUAUUCUUCAAAUCAUUAUAUGAUAAAUCUCAGGAUCUGCAGUACAUCUGUGUUAGUCUCCACAUACGCCCUCAGUCCUCUCUAGUCGUGUUUUGUGUGAGUGACGGUGCUCUCUUUCCUCUCUCUGUGGCUACAGGUUCCUGAGUGGAUGAGUGGGGCUCUGUGGUGUUGGUGGAAGGGACACGCUGCUCUGGGUCUAUUAGUAGGUAGUGCAGGGGGUUUCAGCUGGAAGAGACAGGAACAGAGAUAAGCAAGCAGAUUGCAUGUUUGCAUGCUGACUCUCAUUUCCAUUAACAUCAUUUCGAUUCAGCAGAAGCCUAUGACAUAGAUGUGGUAGAAGAGGGGAGAGGGAUGGAAUAGGGUGGGGGUGUAAAGUGAGGAAUCAGCUGCAUGGUAGAAAGAGUAGGAAACCCAAAGAGCUGAUCUAACCUGAUAUAUUUAUCCUAAACUGUGCCUGACCCUAACAUUUCGCCUUGUUGCACUCCAUUCCAGCGCUGUCAUAGGAAUGUUUUCCUGUGUCAUCCCUUUUGCUUGCCUUAACAUGCAUGACGUGAACAUGUCACUCCCUCUCUCAGGGCUGACUUGUCAGCACCUGGUAGGAUGUAACCACUUCUAAUCUUUCAUCACCCCAUUUCUGUGAUGUCUUGUUUAUAUCAUUAUUGCAUAUUUUUUUCCCAUUUUGACUGUAUUCAUCAACAAUAACACAUCCAUCAUGAAUGCUAAGUACAGCAUGAAUGAACCAGAGUAGACACAAGACUGGACCACAGCAGCCCUAUCACCAAUCUCCAACAUAAUUAUAACCAACUGGCAGUUCUCUCAGUGUGUGCUGUGGAUCAAAAUACUGCCUUGGACCAAUAGAGGGUGACGCAUCAUCAUACAAAACGGACCAAAGCCUGGAUCUGUGAGAAAUGCAGUGAACACUCCAACCUUCCUUACAGCCAAUCCUAACACCUUUAUUCUCUUCCAGCUUUCAGUAUCAUGCUUGAAGAACUCGUUUUCCAAUAAGUGUCUGCAUUAUCCAAAAGUGUCUGCGUUAUCCUUUUGUGUAUGUUUGUGAAUGUGUCAUGCAUAUAUUAAAACAAUGUGUAUGCAUAUGAAUUAUAUGUAUGCAUAUGUAUAUACCUAGUUAGGUUUUAAUACUGAUUUGUAAGUAUUAACAACUUUUAUUUCAUACUGAAUGUGUUUUUACCAUGUCUUUUUAUAGGGUUUUUAAUCGUGCGAAUGAUUUUCGCUUCUACAACUCGUGCUGUUUUCUCUUUGUAAUCAGUGCUUCUUUUAAAGUCUGAACACUUUUCUGCAGAGGACCCUGGUCUUAACCGAUGCACUUUUUACCCUACUUCAUUUAAAUUUGAAUUGAGUGAAUGAAUGAAUGAUGUUGGCUCUGACUGCUACUUUUGUAUAAAUAUAUUGUACAGUAAGAAACAGUGACCACUAUCUACUGGGGUGUUUGAUCAAGAGCAAGAGCAAACAGGAAAUAAAUGCUAAAGUCCCUUUGUCUCA